GUGGAAUGUAAAGCGGUGAUGGUCUUCUUCCACUACUGUGUCAUGUCCAACUAUUUCUGGCUCUUCAUUGAGGGCUUGUACCUUUUCACCUUGCUGGUGCAGACGUUCUUUCCGGAGAAGAGAUACUUCUACUGGUACACCAUCAUCGGCUGGGGGACUCCUACCAUUAAGGUCACCAUCUGGGCUGUCCUGAGGCUUCACUUUGACGAUGUCGGCUGCUGGGACAUCAAUGUCAACACGGCCUUAUGGUGGGUGAUCAAAGGCCCCGUGGUUGCAUCAAUAAUGAUCAACUUCUUGCUUUUCAUUGGGAUCAUUAUCAUAUUGGUACAGAAGCUCCAGUCGCCCGAUAUCGGAGGCAACGAGUCCAGCAUUUACUUGUAA